CCCCUCGCCCCUGCCCGUCAUUUUGGGGCAAUUUCCUCCCCACCAGCAAUAAAAAAAAAAAUAAAAAAUCCCAAUUUAGUCAUUCAGAUUUUUUUUUUUUUGCCAUUUGCAUCAACUCCUGGCGUGGCUUUCAUAAAAACAAUGUUUUUCUCCCUGUUUUCACCCUUUUUUCUCGCCAAAAAUGAUGUCAAAGCACUGGGUGGGUCGGUCCCCUGGGAUCGUCUGUAUUUGUCAUUUUUUCUCCCACUUUUUUUUUUUUUUACCCCUGAAAAAUAUAAUAAAGGGAGGAGCAGGAGCUGGCUGCCCUGGGGUCGCUCUCGCUGUUUGCAUCAAGGAUCUGAGGACAAAACGGAGCUUUUCGGGAUUGGAUAAAAAACAGAGGCAGCUAAAGCACCAUGGGCAUUGGCCCAGGCUGGGGAAAAACUGCUGCUCUGCUGUGGGUCUGGACCGUCAUGUUAUGGGGUGUUUUUAGCUUGCUCAGCAUCGCUGCGCCAGCUCCGCAUCACCUGGGGGAAGAGUUCGUGGUGGCCUUCAUGCAAAAUGGUUUGCAGCAGACACUCAACAGCGACUUCAAGCUGCUCAUCACAGGUUAUUCGCCCUUCACGUCCAUCACCAUCUCCAUGAAGAAGCCCGGCUUGAGGAUGACAGUGCAGGCGACCAUGGGCCAAACCAUUGCAGUGAAGAUCCCACCCCAAGCCGAGAUGGUGGGGAGCAAAAUCUUUGACAACACUGUGGUGGUGAGGGCCAACAACGCCAUCUCCUUGGUGAUGGUCAACGAGAAACCUACUUCGGUUGACUCAACCGUCGUAUACCCUGUGCACAGCUGGGGUACGAAGUACCAUGUUGUGACACCCAAUGUAGGCACUGACCGCUAUGGUGAGUUCGUGGUGGCCGCCUGGGAUGAGCCUACCACAGCUGAUGUGCAUCUCAAAGCCACAGUGACCUACCAAGGCCAGUCUUACCCCCGGGGCUCGGUGCUCCCCAUCACACUGGAGCCUUUCCAAGCAGCCCAGCUCCAAAGCUCAUCUGAUAUGUCUGGCACACAGAUCGUGGCGCAGAAACCUGUGGCUGUUUUCACCGGUCACACUUGCUUGGCCAGGUUCACGCACUGCGACCAUUUGGUGGAGCAGCUCCGGCCCGUUUCCAGCUGGGGCACCACCUUCAUCGUGCCGCCGUUGCCUUUCGAGACUCAGUCUGAUAUCAUCUAUGUUACCACUUCCCAGCCAACACGUGUGGAGUCUCAACAUGGGGUGACCAAGACAGUUCGGGAGCUACGGCCCAGCCGGUCAACGCUUUACGGACUCCAAGCCUUCAAUACCUUGUACCUCUCUGCCAACGCUGGCAUCCAGGUCAUUUUUUUUGCCGACGGAGGUCAUAAAGACACCAUCUCCUAUGACCCAUUCUUCAUGACCAUCCCAGAUGUCUCCAGUUACUGUAACUCCUACAACAUCUUCACCCUGGACGGUUAUGAUAAUUACGCCCUGCUGAUAGCCAAGACCUCGGAGACAUCUGGAAUAAUGCUCAACAAAACGCCAUUGAGAAACGUCGCGUGGAAGCCCGUCCCGGGCACUGAUUACUCCUGGGCCGGGCACAGUUUGGGCAACCAAUUUGCCAUCCAUACAGUGGAGCACGAGAGGUCCCCUUUUGGGCUGCUCAGCGUGGGGGUCCGGGAGCAAAAAGCCUAUGGGUCAGCAGCCGUUUGCGACAGUGAUCCCUGCCGGCUGGUGAAAUGCCGCGCAAAGGAGACGUGCAAGAUGGAGAAAGGGGAGGCUGUGUGCGCACACGACUACAUGGGAACCUGCAUGGGGUCGCAGUCCCUGCAGUACCACACCUUUGACGGGAUGACCGUGGACAUCCAGGGCGGCUGUGCUUACACCCUUGCCAAAUAUUGCGGCAACGAUCCCACCCUGGUGCCUUUCAUUGUGGAGGAGGAGAAGAAGGGUGAAGGCAAUUCCAAGGAGUGGUUGACCAAUGUCUACGUGUACGCCUACAACAUCUCCAUCCACAAAGGAGAAGGAGGUAAAAUCCAGGUCAACAACAAACUCACCAGCCUACCAGCCACCCUGGAAGCGGGAAAGAUCCAGAUCUCCCAAAACGAAGGUCGCACCAUCCUGCAAACUGAUUUUGGGCUGCAGGUGACCUACGAUGAAGACUGGGCCAUAAUGGUGGCCGUGCCCAGCAGCUAUUUCGGGGGCACCUGUGGCCUCUGCGGCAACUUCAACGAGGACGCAGAGGAUGAGGUGACGCUUCCCGACAGCACUCCGGCUGCCAGCGUGGAGGAGUGGGCUGAAAGCUGGCGAGAUCCCUCCUGCCAGGACAACUGUGGAGACCAGGAGAUGUUGCAGGACAAAGAAGGCUGCGCUCAGAGAUGCCUCCCAAACAGCCACUUUGAAGUCUGUGGGACAGCGUGCCCUGCCACCUGCACCAACCCCAAAGCCCCCACCUCCUGCAGCAAGCCAUGCGCUGCCAGCUGCCAGUGUGAUGAGGGCUUUGUCCUCCACGGUGAAGCGUGUGUCCCAGCAGAGACCUGCCGUUGCUUCCACAACAGUCAUUCCUACCAGGUCCAUGAGGAGUUUUGGGAAGAUGAGAGCUGCCAAAGCCGGUGCCGGUGUGAGGUGGGGGGCAAGGUGGCUUGCAGGAAGGCUGGGUGCAAAGCCCACCAGAAAUGCAUCAUGGUCGAUGGCGUCCCCAGCUGCCAGGCAAACAAGUACUUCACCUGCAUCGGGACAGGCGACCCUCACUACACCACCUUCGACGGGUUGAGAUAUGACUUCCAAGGGACGUGCGUCUACCAGUUCGCAGCCCUCUGCACCCAGGACCCCCAGCUGACCCCCUUCACCAUCAAGGUGGAGAACAACAACCGGGGCAGCAAAGCUGUGUCCUUCACCAAAACUGUCACCCUGGAGGUCUAUGGGAAUGUCAUCAGCAUGAGCCAGGAGCACCCACGCAAGGUCAAGGUCAACGGUGCCUUCGUGGAGCUCCCGUUCAGCCAGAAGGGCCAGUUUGAGGUCUACCACAGUGGUGUCCACGGCUUCGUCCACACCAUCUUUGGCCUACGGGUGAGCUUUGACUGGUACAGCUACGCCCGCGUCAUCCUCCCUGAUGCCUACGCCGGCGCCGUCUGCGGCCUCUGCGGCAAUGCCAACGGCAACGCCGACGACGACUUCGCCACCCGUGAUGGCCAACGGGCUGCCGAUGAAAUCCAGUUGGCCAACAGCUGGAAGGUGGGAGAGGUCCCCGGUUGCUCCACUGGUUGCGUGGGGGAUUGCCCCGUAUGCAAAGAGGAGCAGAAGCUGCCCUACCGCAGUGACGGCUACUGUGGGGUGAUCGCCAAAGCUGGGGGACCCUUCCGGGCUUGCCACCGCACCAUCAACCCCGCACCCUUCCUGGAGGACUGUGCUUUUGACGCUUGCCACUACAAAGGCCACCGGGACACCUUGUGCAAAGCCAUCGCCUCCUACGUGAUGGAAUGCCAGAGCCAGGGCAUCACCGUGGAGCCCUGGAGGACGCCGUCCUUCUGCGGUCCCUCCUGCCCCCGUCACUCGCACUACGAGCUCUGUGGGAGCAGCUGCCCAGCCACGUGUCGGGGUCCGGCCAGCCCGGGGGACUGCGCGUCGGUGCUGUGCAUCGAAGGCUGCUUCUGCAACGAGGGCUUCGUCCUCAGUGGCGACGAGUGCGUGCCGGCGGGCGAGUGUGGCUGCGAGCACCAGGGUCGCUACUACAAGAAGGGUGAGGUUUUCUACACCUCGUGCAGGGAGAGGUGCCGCUGCCAAGCCAAGGGGGUAGUGGAGUGCGAGGAGGUCUUCUGCAGCACCCACGAGGAGUGUCGAGUAGAGGAUGGGGUGCUGGGGUGCUACCCGGCGGGCUAUGGACGGCUGGUGGUCUCAGGGGACCCACACUACCUGACGUUCGAUGGGCGAGCCUUUCACCUCCUGGGUUCCUGCACCUACGUCCUGGCGCGGCUCUGCAAGCCAGACCCGCGGCUGACGAACUUCUCAGUGCUGCUGAAGCAUGACAUGGGUGGCCGGGGCAAUGUAGCCCUGAUGAAGAAGGUGGUCAUCUCCAUCCACGGCCACACAGUCAGCAUGGAGAGGGGCCGGAAGUGGGAGGUGAUGGUGGACGGGGAGCGCUACACGCUGCCACUGGUGACAGAGAAGAAGAAGCUACGGAUCGUCCAAGAAGGGAACAACGUGGUCCUCCAGACGGCUGCCGGGCUGCGGCUCCUCUACAAUGUGGCCACCUACCUCCUGGUCACCAUCCCCGACGCCUACCGGGGCCGUGUGUGCGGGCUGGGUGGCAACUACAACGGGGACCCCGGUGAUGAUUUCCAGCUGCCUGGAGGGUCCUUGGUGCAAAGCACCGAGGAGUUCAUCACCUCCUGGAAGGUGCCCAUGGAGGAUGGAGCGUGCACUGAGGGUUGCAACGGCAAGGACUGCGCCAUGUGCGACGACGCCGACACUGCUCCCUAUAGCGUCAGUGACUCCUGCGGGCUCAUCUGGGACCCGGCAGGACCUUUCGGACCGUGUCACCCACGGGUGAGCCCAGUGGAGUACUACAACCACUGCCUCCACGAUGUCUGUGCUGCCAACGGUGCCAGUGACGUUCUAUGCCACAGCCUCCAAGCCUACGCCACUGCUUGCCAAGCCGCCGCGGCCAAGAUCAGCGGGUGGAGAACAACCACUUUUUGCCCUCUUUCCUGCCCACCCCACAGCCACUACGAGCUCUGCACCCGUACCUGUGACUUCACCUGCGCCAGCCUCUCCAUGCCGGCCCCGUGCAGCUGGACGUGCUUCGAGGGCUGCCAGUGUGACGAUGGGUACCUCUUCGAUGGAGAAGCCUGCGUGUCCUUGGAGCAGUGUGGCUGCAUGCACCAGGGGCGGUAUUUCAAGGCGCGUGAGACCAUCAUCUCCAACAACUGCUCCACCAAAUGCAGCUGCCACCCAUCCCAAGGACUCAUCUGCGAGGACAUGUGGUGUCCCCCGGACGAGGUCUGCACCAGACGGGAUGGGGCACAGUUGUGUGUCAAGCGGGAAGGUCGAUGCCGGCUUUCUCCGGGGGCUUCCUUGACCACGUUUGAUGGCACCAGGGGAGAUCUCCUCACCAGCGGCACCUACAAAGUGGCCGCCCUUUGCAACGAGCAGUCCCCCAACUGGUUCAAGGUGGUGGUGGAGGUCAGCGAGUGCCGGGACGACAACAUCCCGGCUGCCGUGGCCGUCUUCGUCUUCUUCCGCGAAGCUUUCAUCACUGUGAACAACAACAUGGAGGUGUGGGUGAACGGACUUUUCACCCGACCUCCAGCUGCAGUGUCCAAAGCUGUUUCCUUGAGCGCGGUGGCGGGGAACAUCACCAUCUCCCACACCUCAGGAAUGGACGUGCUCUUCAGCCCUGGAGGGGAGAUGACAAUCACCGUGGGGGCCACCUUGGUCAACCAGCUCUGCGCUCCCUGUGGCAACUUCAACGGCGACCCCAGCGAUGACCUGAAGCUGCCCAACGGCCGGACUGUGAGGACCAUCGCAGAGGUUGCGGAUGCCUGGAAAGCCAGGGAUUUUGCAGGAUGCGACUGACACACAAACCCAUGGAAAUGACCCUGGUAAGUGACUCUUCUCCUCCUUCACUGUCACGUCUCAUGCUACGAAUGUUCCUG